AUGUGGGCCAUGCAGCCGUACUCACGGGCGUGGGCGGCCACGGGGACAGCGUUGGCCGGGGUUGAGGGUGUCCUCGCUGCUCUUGGACGCCACCAGCGCCGCCGUGAACUGCCCAAAAGUCCGGCCGUACACGUUGACCUGCAGGUUGUCGAGCGCGUCGCGGAGCAGGCCAGCGGUGCCGUCGUAAUGCGCAGGCAGUGGUUGAACCGCGCGCUGCGCGAGCAGUCGGUGUCGGCGGCGUCAUCAGCCUCGAGCUCCACCAAGCACCAGAUCGCCGAUCUUGGACUCUGUGCUGGCGGCAUGGUCGACGGCGAUCCUUUGGCGAGCAUCGCACAUCGCAGGCCUUGGAUCACCGAGGCGGGGGAGGCCUCGGAGCUCCGUGGGUCCACGCCAAGGGAGCGCAACCAGUGGUCGUAG